CCUGGGUGGGCGGGGCAGCCAGGGCUCCCGGAGCGGGGCCGGGGGCGGCCUGCGCCUGCCUCGCCCGAUCGCGGAGGGAGCCCCGGGCGCACGGCGGCCGCACGCGCCAGCCCAGCCGCGGAGCCCCGGCGGGGAGCGCGAGGGCGAUGCGGCGGUGACGGCCGCGCUAUGGCGAAGCCCCCGGCCACGGCUGUGGCGGCGGCGGCGGCGGCGGAGGAGCUGAGCCAGGUGCCGGACGAGGAGCUGCUGCGCUGGAGCAAGGAGGAGCUGGCGCGGCGGCUGCGGCGCGCCGAGGGCGAGAAGGUGGGCCUCAUGCUGGAGCACGGCGGCCUGAUGCGCGACGUGAACCGGCGGCUGCAGCAGCACCUCCUGGAGAUCCGCGGCCUCAAGGACGUGAACCAGCGGCUGCAGGACGACAACCAGGAACUGCGCGAGCUCUGCUGCUUCCUCGACGACGACCGGCAGAAGGGGCGCAAGCUGGCUCGCGAGUGGCAGCGCUUCGGGCGCCACGCGGCCGGCGCGGUGUGGCACGAGGUGGCCCGCUCGCAGCAGAAGCUGCGGGAGCUCGAGGCGCGCCAGGAGGCCCUGCUGCGCGAGAACCUGGAGCUGAAGGAGCUGGUGCUGCUAUUAGACGAGGAGCGCGCGGCGCUGGCGGCGCCGGGGGGCGCGAGCGGCGCGGGCGGCGGCGGGGGCGCGGGCUCCCGCAGCUCCAUCGACAGCCAGGCCAGUCUGAGCGGGCCGCUGGCGGCGGCGGGGGGUUCGGGGGCCCGCGACGUGGGUGACGGCAGCAGCACGUCGAGCGCGGGCAGCGGAGGCAGCCCGGACCACCACCACCACGUGCCCCCCGCGCUGCUGCCCACCGGGCCACACAAAGCCCCCGAAGGCAAGGCGGGGGCCACCCGCCGGUCCCUGGAUGACCUGUCGGCCCCGCCGCAUCACCGCAGCAUCCCCAACGGCCUACACGAUCCCUCGUGCACCUACGCCAGGCAGCUGGAGACCAAGGUGAAGCUGCUGGAGGGUGACAAGCUCCUCCCACAGCUGCCGCGCCCCUACGGCCACCCGAGAAGCUGGCUGCAGGCAGGCGUGGGAGAGUUCCGGACGCUGCGGAAAGGCUUCUCGCCCUACCACUCGGAGUCACAUCUGUCAUCCCUGCCACCCUCCUACCAGGACUCACUGCAGAACGGUCCAGCCUGCCCCGUCCCUGAGCUGCCCUCUCCGCCCCCAAGCUACGGCUCAGCGGGACAGAAGCCUGAGGCUGUGGUGCACGCCAUGAAGGUCCUGGAGGUGCACGAGAACCUGGACCGACAGCUCCAGGACAGCUGUGAGGAGGACCUGAGUGAGAAGGAGAAGGCCAUUGUCCGAGAGAUGUGCAACGUGGUCUGGAGGAAGCUGGGAGACGCCGCCAGCUCCAAGCCCUCCAUCCGGCAGCACCUGUCUGGGAACCAGUUCAAGGGGCCUUUGUAGGGCCGCACUGCACAGCCUGGGCCUGGCCCUGCCCGGACCCUGGCCACAACGCCACCCCUCCGUGGUGAAUUGUACAUAGGACCUGGCCUGCCCUGGCUGCUGCAGUGAUACCGAUGGCCAAGCCUCCGUCUCUGCCUCACACACCAGCAAACUGGGAGGACAAGCUGCUGCCUGCGCCCAGCAGCCUGGAUGGCCUCGGGCCCUCUGCGCUAGGCUCUGUGGGCAUGAGGGAUGCUGGGCCACGUGUGCCCGGUGUCUGUCCCCAGUGGAUGGCACCUCAUCACGCCUUUCUCCCCUGGAUACAGACUGUGUCUACCAGCACCUAAAUCGGAUACAGGUGGCUCCACCUUGGGACCCCGCUGUUGACUGGGGCCCUGUGGGGAUGACGAGUCACUGCGUCCAGGCUGGUGGGAGCCUGCCCCUCCUCUGAGUACUGGGCGCUCAGGGUUGCUGCCGUCUGGGGUCAGCUCCAGCCUCCCCGAGGCCAGCUGCUGCUUGACUGUAGUGUCCACCCUGACAUCCCCAACACACUCUGUUUGUCCUUCUGGCCAGGAAGAGCUGUGCUGUGACCAGGUCCGUGGCCAGCUGCACCCUGGGCUGCAGGACAGAGCUUCAGGGCUCCUCUGGUGAAUUCUGCUCUCUGGGGAGGGAAGGGGCCCAAGCUAAUUGUGGUGUUAGUUUGCUGUGUGUCCCUCAGCCUCUCUGGCCAUGAGGUUCCUUUUGGCCCUGCUCAUGGUCUGAAGCCACCUCCUUCCAGACGGCCUCUGUCCCCUUCUCCAGCUCACCCAGGUAGGUGGCUGCUGGAGGCCCGGGCUCAGCGGUCUUGUAGCUCACUCCUCUCCAAGCCCACUCUGUGUCCUCGGUCCUCCCUGCAGGGACCUAGGGUUUGGACAUGCCCCUAGGUGCAUGGUCCUUGUAAGCCAGUGGGGUGAUGGGUGAGGGUGUUGCCGGGAGGCCCAGCCCUGGGAGAGGUCAAGCUGCCCAGGCCACCUGCGGCCUCCCAGUGGUGCUCAGAGCUUCCCGCAAGCGCUUGAAGAGCCCAAAGACUCGGUCCUCGUGUCAGGCCCCUGCCUGCUUCCCCAGCCAGGACCUUCAAUCCAAGUCGACCCACGGCACCUGCGUCUGGCUCUUCUGCCGCGCACUCAGGGGAAAGGCCCUCAGGCUAUGUGCGCAGAGUGCCGGGGGGCUGUGAGGGGUCCCUGUCUGCACCAUCUGCUGGCCAUGGCACUGGUCCUGUGAGCAGUGCCCACAGGGCCGAGGGUCCAGCCUGGGAGCCUGCAGGAGUCAGGUUGGAUCAGGGUGGCUUGGCCAGCCCUGCAAUAAGCAAUAAGGAAGGUUCCUGGGUGGCCACCCCUGGCCCCUCCCCACCCCAACCGCCGAGGUGGCUCCUGCUGUGCCCCGAGCCAGCACAGCUUAGGGACCCUCAGGAGGGCAGCCUGGGCCAGGGUGUCUGUGACUGUCAUGUGGCAGACACAGUCACGGGCAGGACCAGCAGCUGCUCCGAGUUCCUGGGUACAGAGGCCUGACUGUGGGGAUCCCGGGGCCUACAACUCAGGGUGACACCUGGCGACCACUCCUUUCUAGCAAAGUCCCCCGGAGGCUGGGUGGACCUGAGCCUAGAGGGACAGAUUGACGCUUGCUCACGAUGGUGCGAUUCCUACUGUGACGGAGGUCUCCCCUGCAGCCCCAGCCCGAUGGCCUUGCCUAUCCUGGAGUCAGAUCUGCUGAGCACAUAUCUCUGUAGGGUGGCACAUUUUUAUCCAGAAGUUAUUAGCUACACACCAGUGUUUAAAGAGAAAAAAGUGACCUUUCUUUUUUCUUGAAACUUGACGGGAAACAAAAUACAUACUACUGAUUUUUUUUUUUUUUAAGAAACUAAAAUGCAUGACUGCAGAACGGUAGAGGUGUAUAUUUUUCAUACUGUGGGGGAAAAUCUUUGUGCUGCUUUUGGGAAAUGGACCGGAACGCCUGGUUCCUGUCCCAGGCUGGCAGCGCUGUCCUCUCCGGGACCCGCCCGGAGGUGAGACCCGCAGCCGCCUGCCCGCUGCCCGCCACCGCCGGGCCCAGCCUCCGCCUAUCCCCUCCUUCUGCUGAACCACUUGGAUUUGUGGAGAGAACUAGAACUUUUUGAUAGUGUGGUAAAAACAUUGAACUAUUUUAGUAAAAGGAGUAACAAAUAAGCCUGUGAUGGUGUGUACUUUGCCCUAGCUGAAUAAAGCCCUCCUGGAGCCUC